AUGGCCCAUCUGAAGAGCUACAAAUAUCAAAGUGUGGACAAGUCAUUCAUUUCCAACUACAUCCUCCGUCACUACUGGAAUGCCGCCGUCAAUCUUCUGCCCAUGUGGCUCGCCCCGAAUAUGGUCACCCUGCUGGGCUUUUUCUGUAUCUUGAUCAACGUCCUGUUUCUGCAGAUACUCGUCCCAGACUUGGUUGGACCGGCGCCUCCCUGGCUCUAUUACAGCUUUGCGUUGGGGUUGUGGAUGUAUUCGACAAUGGACAACAUCGACGGCAAACAAGCCCGAAGAACAGGCACCUCCAGCGGCCUGGGGGAGCUGUUCGACCACGGCAUCGACUCCUUAAACUGCACGUUGGCAAGCCUCUGCGAGACGGCUGCGAUGGGCUUGGGCCCCAGCAAGACUGGCGCUUUCACUGCCCUAAUACCCUGUCUGCCCAUGUUCUUCUCCACCUGGGAGACGUAUCACACUCACACGCUGUAUCUGGGAGCUUUCAACGGGCCGACCGAGGGCCUGAUCAUCGCCUGCGCCGUCAUGAUAAUCUCGGGCUACCUAGGCCCUCAGAUCUGGCAGUACCGCGUCGCCGACUACAUCGGGUACUCGGAGCUCCUGGGCUCCUUGACAUUCCGCGACCUGUGGAUCCCCACGAUCCUGGUGGCUUUCUUCACGGCGCACUUGCCAUCGUGUAUUUGGAACGUGGCACAGGCGCGACGCAAGGACAAUCUUCCGCUAUGGCCUGUAUUUUUCGAAUGGAUUCCCAUGAUCGUCUUCACGGCCUCGUGCGCAGCCUGGGUCGGCUCGCCAUACUCGGUCCUCUUGCGCGAGAACCACCUGGUGGCCUUCUGCAUGACCAUGUCUUUCGUCUUUGGCCGCCUGACGACAAAAAUCAUUCUGCACCACCUGACUCGCCGCCCCUUCCCUUACUGGACGAUCUCGCUUGUACCCCUUGCCAUAGGCGGCAUCUUGGCCUGGCUCCCCCUCUUCGGCUUCGAUCCAAUCUCUCCGACCUUUGAGAGGUGGUACAUCUAUGCCUAUCUCCUGCUCGCCAUGGUGCAGUACUUCGUCUGGGCCGUCCGGGUCAUCAACCGCAUCUGCGCCGUCCUGGACAUCAACUGUCUGACCAUCAAAAAGAGGAACAUCGCUGGCAAAGAGCCGACAGGUUUUGCAGAUCAAGUCCAGUUUGCACCCAACGGGGAUGUGGGCAAGACCAUCAAGGGGCUCUAA